AUGGUAGAUGAACGCUCAUUCAAAAGUGAGUUGAGCCAGGAUAGACCUAUAUCGCAAACUGAUUCGUCGUUAGAAGGAGUGAGGAAGCAUCCUACUAUGAAUGAUGUCAGGAAGACGGGAACAGCUGAUGUGUCGUUUGUUCAGGACUCUGAGGUAAUGAUGUCUGUGCAGAACACAGAUGACGGUAAUUUCGGGAGGUCGAGCAUGCAGGAGAUUUUGACAAAGAGGGAUUUGGAAAUGAUUAGUGAAUCGAAAAUAUACCCGCAGAAGCGCUUUUUCAGGAUGUUGCAUUCUAAAGCUAUCCCUCCAAUACCGGACGCUCAAGACCGGGGCAGCUUUCCAUUGACGAGGUCAAAUAUACUGUCGCGUACUUUCUUUUGGUGGAUUGUUCCAUUAAUAAGCGUUGGAUACCGUAGGACUCUGCAGCCAAAUGACUUGUGGGAACUAAGUGAAGACCUUCGUGUGGAAACUCUGUACCAAAGGUUCUGCCAUUAUAUGGAUCAAUAUUUCCUGCAGGCACGAACAAGAUAUGCGGCGGAACAUCCUGACGCUUCGGAGAAGGAAAUCAUGAAUAACGCUAAACUUGGCAAGUAUGAUUUGGUUAAAGCACUAUUAUGGACAUUCAAGUUUCGGUAUUCAUUAGCUAUUUUGCACGCUAAUUUAAGUUGUAUUGUUGGGGCCUUGCUUACAAUUCUGGUCAAGAAUUUAAUUAACAGUGUAAAGCCUCCAACUGGGAUUAAUAUUUCAAAUUCUAAUCAUUCAGUAGCACAUGGGAUAGGUUAUGCUAUCGGCGCGUCCGUUUUAAUGCUGCUAAAUACUCUAUUUUUCAACCAUUUUAUGUAUGAAUCCUCCGCGACCGGUGUGGAGGCCAAGUCGGUUCUGAUUAAAGCUAUUUUGCAAAAGUCGAUUAAAUUCUCUACCUAUGCGAGACACUCAUGGCCAACUGGUAAGAUUACAUCUAUGAUCAAUACCGAUUUGUCAAGACUUGAAUUUGCUCUUAUAUUUCAACCAUUUUUGUUGGCAUUCCCACCAGUGUUCAUUAUUUGCCUUGUUCUGUUAUUGGUUAAUUUGGGUGCAGUAGCGCUUCUUGGGUUUUCGGUGUUUAUCUUGGUUAUAGGAUUUUGUUUUCUUGCCUUCAUUAACAUGAUGAAGUUUAGGGUUUCCACCAAUUUCUUCACCGAUAAGCGUGUUAGUCUAACAAAGGAGAUCUUGAAUGGCAUGAAGAUGAUUAAGUUCUAUGUUUGGGAAGACGCUUAUGAAGCGAGCUUGAAAGAACAGCGGAGUAAAGAAGUGUCAAAACUUAGAUGGAUACUAUUUCUGAGAAAUUUUUUGAUUGCCAUAGCGACCACUGUACCUAGCUUAUCUGCCAUGGUUACCUUCUUGGCCAUGUACAGAAUCAAUUCAUCUAAUCGUACACCAGCCAACAUUUUUGCUUCCUUGUCUUUGUUUCAGGUUUUGAGUAUUCAAAUAUUUUUUAUUCCCCUUGCAUUAAGCUCGGGUGCAGAUGCAUAUGUGGGAUUGCGACGUAUACAAUCGUUACUCGAAUCAGAAGAAGAAGCGCCAAGGAGUAUCACCAGUAGGUCUUCGGCGGCCGAAUUAGAUGAUUCAAAUAUUGCUAUCAAAGUUGUUAAUGCAUCGUUUGAAUGGCCUGACUUUCAGUUGAGAGAUACCCAAGUUAAAGAUGAAACUAACUUACAGACCACAUCGUCUGCAGAAAAGGAGGCUCAGAAAGAAAAGGUGGAUUUAUCCAAGACCUCAUUUAGUGGGUUUUCGGACCUCUCUUUUGAAGUGAAAAAAGGUGAACUUUUAGUAAUCACUGGCGCGAUCGGAACAGGAAAAACUUCCUUAUUAAAUGCUUUAGCUGGAUUCAUGCACAAAACUAAUGGGGAUAUCCAGUAUAAUGGUCGUAUGCUAUUUUGUGGAGCUCCAUGGAUUCAGAAUGCAACAAUUCGUGAUAAUAUAACGUUUGGUUCACCAUAUGACGAAAAUCUCUAUAGGGAGGUUAUGCGUGUCUGCUCAUUGGAUCGGGAUAUGUCCGUGCUUCCUGCAGGUGACAAAACAGAAGUCGGUGAACGUGGAAUAACGUUAUCCGGUGGACAGAAAGCUCGUAUAAACUUGGCCAGAUGCGUGUACAAAGUUCGUGACAUCUAUCUCUUUGAUGACAUCCUUAGUGCUGUCGAUGCACGAGUGGGUGCCUCUAUUAUGAAUGACUGUUUGCUUGGAAAAUUAGGUGACAAGACGAGAAUCCUGGCUACACACCAGAUCUCUUUGACUGAACAGGCAUCACGUGUAAUAUAUCUAGGCACCGAUGGCUCUUUUGAUAUAGGUACAGUUGAUGAACUUAAAACCCGCAAUGUGCAAUUUGCAAAUUUGAUGAAGUUAGCGUCGCAAACUGAAUCUGAAAGUAAAGAUGACAACAUUUCUUCCGAAAAAUUUGAUAGAGAGGACCAGCUUCGACAGUUACAGCAACUAGAUGAUCUUACCGCAUUAAGAAAACACGCGACUACUAGAUCCACUUUUGCAGAGUCUAUACAAGGCGAAGUAAGUGGCCGUCUGGCUUCUCAAGAAGAAAGGGCGGUGAACAGCCUUAGUUUUACCAUCUACAAACAGUACAUUCGUGCUGCUUGUGGAAAUUGGUUAAUCCUAAUCCUUCCGAUGAUCAUUUUUCUUUUCAUCAUCACAACUUUCCUAUCCUUGUUCAACUCCGUUUGGCUGUCUUUCUGGGCUGAAUAUAAGUUCCGUGGGCGUAGUGACACUUUCUACAUGGGCAUGUAUUUCUUUUUUGUGAUGGCAAACUAUCUUUCUACAAACAUACAAUUUAGUCUGGUUAGCUACUUGGGUCUCAGAGCUUCUAAAAAUAUCAAUUUGCAAUCUCUACAUCGACUGUUACAUGUUCCUGUAAGCUUUAUUGACACAACACCUCUCGGUCGUAUUCUUAAUCGGUUCACCAAAGAUACAGACAUUCUUGACAACGAGCUAACGGAAUCAUUAAGAAUGUUUAGCUAUCAGUUCACUGUAAUCUGGGGUGUCAUCAUCAUGUCUAUUAUUUAUCUUCCUUGGUUUGCUGUUGCAGUUCCCCUCCUCGUGGUUGUCUUUAUCCUCGUUUCAGACCAUUACCAGUGUUCUGCACGUGAGAUUAAACGCCUGGAGGCUGUACAGCGCUCAUUUGUAUUAAACAAUUUCAACGAGGUCAUAAGCGGAGUAGACACCAUUAAGGCUUACCAUGCAGAAGCACGUUUUUUAAAAAAAUCUGAUAUCCUUAUUGAUCGCAUGAACGAAAUGACUUUCCCACUUUAUGCGUCCCAACGUUGGGUUUCUAUAUUAAUUGGUAUGAUUGCUGUUUUAUUUGCUUUGAUAAUAUCUAUUCUGUGUGUUACGGGCUGGUUCAAUAUAUCUCCUGCAUCCACUGGUGUGCUGCUAACUUACGUCCUACAGCUACCAAAUUUGUUCAAUACUCUGUUACGUGCAAUGACCCAGUUAGAAAACGACAUGAACAGUGCAGAACGGGUACUUUCGUACGCCAAUAGCCUUCCAAAAGAGGCACCGUAUAGGAUUCCGGAAAUGGCUCCUCCAAAGGCAUGGCCGGAACGUGGGGCGAUCACUUUUGAUAAUGUAGCCCUUGCAUACAGACCUGGACUCCCCCUGGUGCUCCAGGAUGUGAGUUUCCAUAUUUCAAGUGGAGAAAAAAUCGGGAUAUGCGGACGUACUGGUGCAGGCAAGUCUACUAUCACCAAUGCAUUGUACAGGCUGGUGGAGUUGAGCAACGGCAGCGUUACCAUAGACGGUGUCGAUAUUGCGACAAUAGGCUUAUAUAAUCUGCGUAGCAAGUUGUCUAUCAUUCCGCAGGAUCCGUUGUUAUUCAGGGGGACGAUCCGCAAGAAUCUUGACCCAUUUGGGGAGCACUCUGAUACCGAAUUGUGGGAUGCGCUUUUACGGUCUGGUGCAAUAAACAACGAUGAUUUGGCCCGGGCACAAGGGUUCGAGACUGUGUCUGCAGCUACGGCAGCAACGAAAGCGACUGAUACAGUUGCAACAAAGACCGGUCUGCCAGUAUCGAUGCCGUCGCACGCAGAAAAUGCAGCAUCCGUGGCGCCCGCGGCAUCUACGUCUUCCGCCGUUGACGCCACUACAACCACCAGCAAUGACACUGUCUCUUCAUUGAACAACCAUAAUGCCACAACAUCCGAUGCCACAGCGACCAGUAAACCCGUGUCCGACGGCAACACCAAGAACAUGCACAAGUUCCAUCUAGACCAAACUGUGGAGGAGGAUGGUUCGAACUUCUCCGUAGGGGAGCGGCAAUUUUUGGCGCUCGCACGCGCGCUAGUCCGUCAGACGAAAAUCUUAAUUCUAGAUGAGGCCACUUCCUCUGUUGAUUACGAAACAGACGCACAAAUCCAAGCUCGGAUCGUCCAAGAGUUUCAACAUGCCACUAUAAUGUGCGUAGCCCACCGUCUCAAGACAAUCCUCCACUAUGAUCGCAUACUCGUCAUGGAAAAGGGCCGUGUAGCCGAAUUCGAUACGCCCCUACGUUUGUACAAUGAACAGGGAUCGAUUUUCCGUAGCAUGUGUGAUCAAUCCAGUAUUACUUUGACGGACUUCGAUGCUUAG